AUGGAGUCGACCGCUCUGAAUGGGAGAAUGGCUCGAUGGCAAAUUCUUCUAUCUGAAUUUGAUAUAGUCUAUGUGAACCAGAAGGCGGUAAAAGGGAGUGCAAUAGCGGAUUUCCUGGCAAGUAGAGCUCUGGAAGACUACGAGCCACUAAACUUCAAUUUUCCAAAUGAAGAUUUGAUGUAUGUUGCAACUGCAGAAAAAGAUUUUCAAAAAGGUGGUCUUUGGAAGCUGAAUUUUGACGGAGCUUCAAAUGCUAUAGCUAAGUAUGAAGCUUGCAUUAUGGGCAUUCGGGCAGCCAUAGAAAGGAAAAUUAAGGUGCUAGAGGUAUACGGAGACUCUACAUUAGUAAUUUAUCAGCUCAAAGGGGAGUGGGAAAUGAGAGACCCGAAGUUAAUCCGCUAUCGAAAAUUGGUCUUGGAAUUGAUUGAGGAAUUUAACAGUGUCACUUUUUAUUAUAUCCCACGAGAUGAAAACCAGAUGGCAGAUGCUUUGGCAACUCUAGCCUCUAUGUUCAAAGUGAACAAACCAGAAGAUAUGAAGCCUAUUCAGAUCAGCAUUCAUGAGGCUCCAGCCCAUUGUUACAAUAUUGACGAUGAAGAGGAAAAGGAUGACCACCCUUGGUAUCAUGACAUAUUGCGAUAUGUAAAGAGUCGUGAGUACCCUGACCAUGCGACGGAAAAUGAUAAGAGAAUAUUAAGGAGAUUAGCCAUUGAUUAUGUCCUAGAUGGGGAUAUCUUGUAUAAAAAGGGAAAAGAUCAAGUUUUGUUGAGAUGUGUGGAUGCUGUCGAGGCCAAGAAAAUUUUGGAAGAAGUGCAUGAAGGGAAAAUGACUGAAACCUACAAAGACUGGCACGAGAAAUUACCUUUCGCCCUCCUGGCAUAUCGGAGCUCUGUUAGGACCUCUACUGGGGCAACACUGUUUUCUCUAGUCUAUGGGAUGGAGGCAGUUUUACCUAUAGAAGUUGAAAUCCCUUCUCUCCGAGUAUUAGCUGAACUAAAGUUAGAUGAGGCCGAAUGGAUUCAAUCUCGAUAUGAUCAGCUAAACUUGAUAGAAGAAAAGAGGUUAAAGGCUAUUCGUCACAGUCAGAUGUAUCAGAAAAGAAUGAUGUAA